AAAUAUAUAUGAACCGCGACACCCCUUAAUGCCAUUGUACGAUGCGUUUUGAGGUUAUGGUGCGUUUUGACAACUUAAAAAAAUAUUCUUCUUAAAAUGCACCAAAAUGUACAUUUCGUGAUAUUUAACUAAUAAACGGUGCGAAAAACAUACAAAAUGAGUUCCAAGGAGAAAGAUGGCAAAAAUUUGACUGAAAAAUUGAAGGAUUUCUUCAAAAAAUCCAAAAACCAUGCGUAUUCCGGCGGAAAAGAAUAUCAAUUCCCCGAAGAAAAACUAAAAGAUCUAUCCAAAGAAUCCCACAUAACUAAGCGAUUGAACACUCUUAAAGAUUUGCAUGUCGUAAUAUGUGAAAGAAAACUCGAGAGUCAAAGUAUUGCCUGCCUCUGGUCAGCUGUAAAAGACUUAUUUGGUAGAGACUAUUCAUCUGAAAUUCGACACGUGGCAUUUUCUUUCCUCCAAAACUUAAUCAAAGGACAAAAUGAUAGAUUGCAAUUAAUGAGAGCACAGUUUUUUAAGUUUAUUAAAACUCAUGAUAAUCCUGAGGAUGUCGGACAAAGAUUGGAAUUGUUAAAUUGUUUAACAACUAAUGGUAAAAAUAUUGAGUACUUUGAAGAAGAGGUGGGACCUUUUUUGUUGAAUUGGUUUCCUGAUAUUACUCGUGCUGGCAAAAUAUUGGAGUAUUUAACUGUUAUUGAUAAUGUUGUUAGGUACAAUGCAGCUUAUAUGAGUGAGGAUGUUAUUUCAGGAUUUAUACAGCACAUUUGCGUUCUGUGUUGCUGCACGAGUAAAUGCGACACCAUAAUGGCAUGUUUAAAAAUUAUGUCUACUGUCGUCGCAUACAGUAACAUGUCGCCCGAAUCGUUACCGAAAUUUAUAGGGGCCCUGUGCAGGACUGUAACGGUAGAAAACUAUUGCAAAGAGUGCUGGAAGACAAUGAAAAACCUUCUUGGAACGCAUAUGGGUCAUUCUGCUUUGUACACCAUGUGCAGAAUAUUGCAGGAACCCAGUUUGCAAAGUGAAGUGGACUUACUUUGGGGGGCUGUUUUUUACAUACACAUGGCUCUGUGGGGGUCCAGACCCCUGACCAACUUACACUGUCCACCAAGUUCGGUGCUGCCAUCUUUCUUGCAGGCAAUCAAAAGUAAUCACCCUUCUGUGGCAUAUGAAGUUAUUGUUGGAAUUGAUUAUUUGGUUAACAAGUAUGGAUAUGAAUUACAGGACCCUGCUUGGUCUAUUAUAUUGGAAAUAAUUUUGUACACCGCCAAGCUUAUAGAAACUUCUCCAAAUAACUCUCCGAAUCAAUUGGCGCCCUAUCUACACAAAACCAUCAACAUAAUAGAAAUAUUAAUAGAUCAAGGCAAAUUUAAUGGUUCCAUACCACAAUUUUAUUCUGUUCUGGAAGAAUGCGCUUCAGAGAGGCCAGAAUCCAGCGUUCUAAAAUUAAUUACGUAUUUUUCGAGAAGUAUAAGUCCCACCGAGUAUCUCUGGUUGGAAAAUCUGGAUUAUGUAAUGAACAAAUACUUUAGACCGGAUGUUAAAACCAAAGUCCGAUUGAAAGUUUUGGAUUUGUUAAGCGAUGUCAUACAACUCCAUGGUAUGCAAUAUGAAGAAGAAUUGAUAGACCAGAUAGUGGUACCACACAUGAAAGAUAUAGAAAUGGAUUUAGAUGUUCAAGUAAGAACUUCAGUGUCUGAAUUAAUUGUUAAUCUUUGCUUGGACUGCGAAUCAAAAAAAUGUCUUGAACUGCUGAAUAUUCUAGACAAGCUGUUAAUGCGCCCAUUUAACCAACCAGGAGACAUGGUUACGUCUGAUUUAGAUUUAAAAGAUUGCGCAGCUCUAAUAGAUGGUCUGAUACGUUUAUUUACCAGUAAAAUACAUAAACUACCAUCAUCUAUACCUUUAAAGGUCUAUGAUAUGCUGGUGAACUUUCUGGUUUUGCAUUAUAAUAAGCCUAAAGUUUUUGGUCAAGCAUACUUAUGCAGAUAUAUGAUAUUCAACUGUUUCCUAAAAAUGAGAGCCAACUCUCACUACCUCCUAGGUCACGUCGACAACAAUGGCAAACAAAGAUUUAGUUCGUACAUGCGCGUUUGGUAUCCGAACAACUUAUAUGACGGCACGAAUAGUUCUCCAAACCACACGCCGCCUGUUGUUGCGGAACAAAACAAUUGCAUUAUAACCAACGUGAAGCUUAAACCGGCUUUUAAAGCUUUCGUUACGUGUUUGAGAUACGAUAAGGAUUGGAACGUGUUGAGUUUGGUGCUGAACGAGAUGCCUAAAGCUUUGCAGAAUAAGUGUUUGAUACUUUCUAGGCAGGGUAACUCGGAUAUAUACUUGCUUGUCGAUGUCCUCUGUAAUAUGAUUUCCGAUAGAAACAUGAAUCUUCCCGAAUCUUUAAACGUGAAAGUGAACAAAGCGGAUUUUCAAGCAUUGGUCUUGCAAGUUUUGGUUAACAUGGCUUCGUAUCAUUCGUGCUUGGAAUCGACGCAUCAACAAAAAAUGAUUCGCUGUCUUAUGCGUUGCAUACAAACCGUGCCGAGGGGUUCGAACCCUUGCAUUUCUGCUCUUACCAUUUGCACGUUGGAAAUGCGCGAAGUUAUGGUGAAGUUACUACCCGAAGUUCUGCUGAACUUAUCGAAAAUAUCCGCUACUGUUUAUAUUGCAAUUCCAGUGUUGGAGUUUUUGUCGACUUUGACUCAACUUCCGAUGGUGUUCGCGAAUUUCGUGGCUGACCAAUAUAUGGCGGUGUUUGCUAUUUCGUUGCCGUACACGAAUCCUUUCAAGUACGACCAUUACACAGUGUCACUUGCUCACCACGUGAUCGCCGUGUGGUUUUUGAAGUGCAGGCUGCCUUUUAGAAGGGACUUCGUUAAGUUCAUUACUAAUGGUCUCCAAACCAACGUUCUCGUACCGUUCGAAGAGACAAGCUUGAAAACCGCAGAACUGAGCAACCUGAACGAGGACAGCUCCGAUCGAAAACGAAGCGCCAGCUUGACGGAACACAGCUCUCGCAGGAGAACGCAAACCAUGCCCGUGGGAACCACCAACAAACCGGGCCCCAAUUUCCACAGACCCACCGCCAUAGACAGGACCGACAAGAAUCGCGUCACUUUCUACGAGGAACUCACCGAGACUUGCAUCGACUUGAUGGCGCGUUACGCGUUUUCGCCCUGCAGCGCUCUACCGAGAAGGUUACCGACAGCAGAGUUUCUUUUAAACGGCGGCCAAAGCGAGUGUUGGCUCAUUGGAAACAAGCUGGUUACUGUGACAACUUCAGGGUGUUCCCAAAAAGUGCUGAAGCACGGUUUGUGCGACAAAUGCUGGACCCUGUGCAACGAUUGCAACAAAAACGACAGCCUGAGGACUGCAAGAAGUGGCAGCAAUGAGCAGCAGGAUAGCAGCUGGGUAACCAGACAAAAUUCAAACGACAAAUCUUCAGUGAACUCCCCAAUAGACGAUUCAAAAAAAGUCGGUGAUAGUAAGUUGGAGCUACUUUCAACUAAACUCCAGCAAUUGGUAAAAAAUGAUGGUAAAAACGAGAAGCCUAAUUGUGCUUGCUGGUGUCAAGGUUGGGCAGAAAUAUACGUUAGACGCCCUACGGGAGAUAUGUCCUGGGUAAUGCGCAUACAAAAUCAAACAUCGUUUCAACAAUCGAUGUACGAGUUUCCCUUGAACGAGAUUUCGACGUUGUUUAUGCCAUCUUUGAAUUUGAACGUCCCGGUACUACAAAGGCAAAACACUUCCGAGGAGGCCAGUAACUUUGAUGAUGAUGUUCAGCAACCCACAAGAGAAAACGUGCCGAUGAGCAACCCCAUUAGCGUACCGGACUCUCCCUCCAAAAAUUCCCCAUCGAGGCAAAAUUCUCGAGACAGCGUCGACGACGACCUGGAAUGCUACGUCUACGAUGACGGCACCAAAUCUAGAAAUCCGGUGAGGAGGUCGAACUCCAGCCCGGAAAUGUCGGCGAACUGGAAGAAUCCCUUCUUGCGCGAAAUCGACAACGACAAUAAGGGGGACAUGGAGGAGAAUGUAAAGAAAAACAAAAUGUACUCGAAGGAUAUGAGGGUCAGUUGCGAGGCUAUACCCGAAGAAAUGGGAGGAACAGGUACAACUCCUCCCUCCAACGAACCAAUCCAAGUAGUCUCCCACCACCCCUCGCUCUUAACCAGCAUCAGCUAUCCCGGCUCCUCCCCUCCCCCCAAAGAUAUCAUAGACCAAAAACCCUAUAAGACCGUUCCCCCCUCCCCCAACGUGGCGUCAGCAGGUAACCAGGCGCCCCCAGAUUUUCACAAGAUCGCGCUUAAAACGUUCAAAACCUCCUCCUCCUCCUCUUCCAGUCAGGAGAAAUCGAUCGAGAGGCCCAAUAACUUGCCGAGUUUCAACUUAACGCCGCUGAGCGCGAAACCGCCUCAAAGUCCCACGCAAACUUCUCCAAGAUUGGCCAGGCAUAUCAUCAAAGAUAAAGAUGGUCACGAAAUCCAGAAGAGCUCGUCGUCCUCGAUCCUCGAGAAAAACUCCAUAACGCAGGCGAAAGACCGCGCGAAGGAGCGCAAAAGCAGCGGCAGCAUCGAGCGGCUCGCCUCGACGGACCCCAACCAGACGUCGAAGCGCGAGCGCACCAACACGAUCGCGGUGUCGAGCCCGGCGACGCGCAAGCCGCGCGCCGAGCCGAGCAGCCGGCAGAACUCCGCCGCGCGGACGAAGGAGGCGCCGAAGAACGGCAUCAACCCGAGCUUCGUGUUCCUGCAGCUGUACCACGCCGCCUACUUCGGCAACGACAACGAGCGCCCGCUGCUGAUCGGCUCCGGCGAGCCGGUGAAGCGCGCCGUGAGGAUACUCGACUCGAUCCCGCCCUACGAGACGCACAAGAUCGGCGUGCUGUACAUAAAACAGGACCAGGUGAACAACGAGGUCGAGAUUUUGAAGAACCGCUUCGGUUCGCUGCGCUACGUCGAUUUCCUGCAAAACCUGGGCACUCUGAUCAAGUUGGCCGACGUCGAUCCGCAGGUGUUUUUCUUGGGCGGCCUCGAGCAAUCCGGCAACGACGGCGAUUUCGGGUACAUGUGGCAAGAUGACGUCAUACGAGUGACGUUUCACGUCGCCACCAUGAUGCCCAACAAGGAAACUGACCCCAACUGUCACCACAAAAAGCUGCACAUCGGCAACAAUUACGUCACCAUUGUUUACAACGAGAGCGGUGACGAUUACAAUAUUAACACCAUUAAGGGUCAAUUUAACUUUGCAGCUAUUGUAAUUCAACCCCUAGAUCAUAAUACAAACAGAGUUGUUGUAAAAGUGAAAGAUAAAUUGAAAAAUUUUAUUUCCAUAAGUGAACCAAAGUUGGUUUCCGAUCAAAAUGUGGCUAUUUUAGCAAGGCAGCUAGCUUUACAUUGUAAUUUGGCAUCUUUGGUGGUAAGUUCGCUAGAAAGGCACCAAACAGAUCCAUAUGCAUCAAACUGGUUGGAAAGACUGAGAAAAAUCAAGAAUGUUCGUAAUAAAAUAUUGCAAGAAAAGAAGAACGAAGAAAAUAUUUACUCCACCAUUGACUUACCAUCUUCCAAGAAACAAAUGGAAGACUUUACUGAUUAUACAUAAAAUUAUUAAUUAUUAUUGACGUUGUUUUUGCUUAAAUACAUAUAUCUCUAUAAAUUGCUUAAAAUUAAUACGCUUUUAAUUU